UACUCGCGCCUGCACAUCACCCCUCUGGAUCCAGCCCUUCUAAAAGUCGUUGUGCCUCCUUCUGUACUCCCUCACGCCCGCUGCGUCUCCUACCACACCAUUCAAACCUUUCCCGAGAGGCCCUACGGCUUCAUCGAGCUGCCCUCUGCCGACGCUACCAAGAUCAAGAACAAGCUCAACGGGGCGGUCCUCAGGGGCAGCAAGAUCCGUGUCGAACUGGCCCGACCAGACAACAUGCCACAGCCAUCUCCAGACGCCGUGGUGGACCACCCGUCCUCCUCCAAAAGGUCCAGAGCUGAAAAGAAGGACAGGAAGGACAGGAAGAGGAAGCGUGACCCUCAAGAGAUUGUAGGGAUCGAGCUGGAAGAGGGCCGCAAGGUCAAGCGCGGCUGGACAGAGAAAAAAGAAGAAAGGAAAUCGGCCAAGUCCAAGGAUAAAGAAAAGAAAGAGAAAAAGGACAAGAAAAAGAAGAAGGCCAGAGAACCAGAGUCUCUCUACUCUGAAGUGCCUGAGUGCCUGAUCAAGACCCAACUGCCACCAAACAGGCUUGAUGUGGCCGAAAAUGCAGCCACAGAUCACAAGAAGAAAUCCAAGAAGAAGCAGGCAAGAGAGAUUGUGGUUCAUGAGUUUGAGAGGAACACCAAGUUUCCGACAUUUCUCAAGCCGGUCGCAGCAGAGACCACAAAGGAGGCAAAGAAGGAGACCUCCUUCAUAGAGGGCAAGGGGUGGGUUGGUGAUGAUGGCACUGUUGUGGAGGAGGUGAAAAGCACCAGGCCCAAAGCUUUCCCCAAAAUUCAGGUCAACCAGUCACGCCAUCCCAAGCCAAAGGAGACAGCACAAGAAGAUGAUACCAGCAGUAGCAGUGGUGAUAGCAGCAGCGACGACGAGAGCUCUUCAGAGGACAUGUCUGAACCUUUCCCGGUCAGUCAAAUGAGCACCAACAAAGAGGUCAUUUCUUCAUCACUUCACAGCCCCACAACUGUACCUACAGCAACAACAGGGCCAGAGCAGGCGAGGCCAGAGUCUUCAGGCUCACUCAGGAGUCUCACUAUCAAGAUCCCACCAGCAACUCCAACACCUGGCUCCAGCAAGGUACAUCCCCUUGAAGCUCUGUACAAGCGGCAGAAAGGAGACCAGACUGCCAACAGCAAGAGUGAGGCUGUUGAUUCUGGGGCGCCUUUUUCCUUCUUUGGUGCCCAUGGAGAGGACAUUGACAGUGAUGAGGAUCUGGAUGGGGAAGACAAUGCUCUGGAAAGUGAUCAUGCUGCUGUGGACAGCCUUGGGGUGCCUCCCCCGGGGCCCCCAGUGCCCAUGACCCCCUUCACCAAGCAAGAUUUCGAGUGGAGGAACACCAGAAGUGCAGCUCCCACUCCAGACACUGCUCAUCCCAGCAGAAUCUCGAGGUUCUGGCCCUUGAGGGGGGAAGAGGAAAAUGUUCUAGAUGAUGUCCAGGAGGACGCGAGGGAAGAAGAUGGCAAUGAUGAGGACACAGCUGGUCACCAUAGUGGUGCUCCUGGGGAUGGCGACGAAGCUGAGAAGGGAGCCACCAACCCCAACACAGAUUUCCAGAAGUGGUUCUGGGAAAACCGCGGUGAUCUCAACAGGUCAUGGAAGAAGAGGAGAAAGCUAGCUGCCAAGGAAAAGAGAUAUCGAGACAACAAGGCCAGGGCAGACAGAGCCGUCUAA